AGCGAGACGACGAACGUUCUGCUGAUGCGGUAUCUUGCUCUGAGAAACUUCCACGGAAGUCUUUCCUUUCAAAGUAUCAUGAUCGAUGGACAACUCACGACAUCCAAUUACAGAUGUACCGAAGCGCGAAGAAUGAAGCUGAAUGGCAAGGUCCUCCCGGUUUAUACUAUAGAGCGCAGAAUGCAUGAGGAAUGCGGACUCAUUCACAAUACCAAGACUUACAUGACUCAGAGCGGGUAUAUAUUGCGACACGAUUGGCUGGAAGUCCCAUACCUGGUGCAAAUCAAUUCGCUCAUUGAUCCCAAUGAUCUUGUCACCAAGGAUCGAAAAAUUGUUCCUCCACUGAGGUCGAGAUGGGGAAGCGAUGUUCAAAUGAUGUCCAUGUACCUUGAUAAAAAGACCUGUCAAAUGGCACAGCAAACGGAGUACCUCACCGAUCACCCCGAGAUCAAGCAGUUGAUAAGCGAUUUUACGCAGACAUUGUUAGCCGUGAAGCCGGUUAACGUCUUAUCAUUUACGAUUCAACAUUUCGCGGCAUUUGCCAAAAACCCUGACCCGUCCAAGGUCGGCGCGUCAGGUGAAUCAAAUCUGGAUAUGUCACAGCUGUCUACGUACAAGCCAAGUCGAGUAUGCAGCGUCUGCGGAAUCUGCUUCGAGUGUCUAAUGUCCGAGCAGCCUCCCAAUAAUGCUAAGCGCAACUGCAUGACUCCUGACUUGAAAAGUCCAGCAUUUUCGUUGUGUUCUGUAUUCACAAAGUGUCCCAGUGACGCAACUUGCACCAAGAAAUUGUCAGAUGGCAGCAAGCUGAGCGUUACUUGUUCUGACGAUUGUAGAACUUGUGUACCCGGCGAAAAGCACACUAGCAUUUGCAGCUUGCAUCCUGAAUGCCUACUCAAGUGCAAAGGGUGUCAACAUCAAAGAGAACCGUGCCAAGUACACAAGGACUGUCCGGAAUGUCUGGGAUGUCGCGAGGUUUGCAGCUUUCAUCCACAGUGUAAAAAAACUUGCGAGGGAUGUCGAAUCGCCAAAGAACCGUGUAGUGUGCACAAGCAUUGUCCUGAGUGCCCUGGAUGCCGUGAAGUCUGUAGCUUUCAUUCAAACUGUGAAAAAACCUGUAACGGAUGUCGAAUGAUUGAAGAACCAUGUAAUGUGGAUAAGGAUUGCAUUGAGUGUCCUGGAUGCCUAAGUAAGGUCUGCAGCUUUCAUCCGGAAUGUGAAGGAACCUGUGAAGGAUGCCAACCUGUUAAAGAACCAUGUCGUGUGCACAAGGCUUGCCCUGAGUGUCCUGGAUGCCAUAAAGUCUGCAGCGAGAUUGGAGUUUGCCCAAAUUGCGUGAAGUGCAACAUUGAAAUACUCCCAGAGAGCGCCAAAGUUGUUCUCAAUCUGAAUAAUGAAAAUUGAAGAGUACCC